CCCCGCCCCCGUGUCCCCCCCACCCCGCUGACCCCGCCCCCGUGUCCCGCAGGCAUCACGUUCCUGUCGGGCGGGCAGAGCGAGGAGGAGGCGUCCAUCAACCUCAACGCCAUCAACCGCUGCCCGCUGCUGCGCCCGUGGGCGCUCACCUUCUCCUACGGGCGCGCGCUGCAGGCGUCCGCCCUGCGCGCCUGGGCCGGCAAGAAGGACAACACCAAGGCCGCCCAGGAGGAGUACGUCAAACGGGCCCUGGCGAACUCCCUGGCGUGCCAAGGCAAAUACACCCCCAGCGGCUCCGCCGGCGCCGCCGCCACCGAGUCGCUCUUCGUGUCCAACCACGCCUACUGAUGUCACCGCUGACGUCAUCGCCCGCGUCACCCCCCGCCUCAUCAGCACUCCGCCCCCGCUGCUCCCCUGGCCCCGCCCCCUUUCCCCCACACCCCCCCUGGUGACAAUAAAGUGGCGACAGAUUGAA